AUGGAUUGGUAUACAAAUUCAAAUCAUAAAAAAAGAAAUUCGUUAAAUAAUAACAAUUUUGCAGGUUUAAAUUUAAAUUCAACAACAACAAUUCAAAAUAAUAAUAAUAAUAAUUUUAAUGGAAGAUCAAGUGGUCAAAAUUCACCUGCUACAUCAUAUUCAAAUUUAAACAAUAAUAUAGAUAAUAUAAAUAAUUCAUAUCAUAAUUAUUCUAUGAAACAUCAACAUCAUAAUCAUCAUCAACAAAGUCAACAGAUUCCAUAUUCACAAUACAAUAAUCAAAAUUUACAACCUCCAUAUCAUAUAAAUACAACAGGAAGGAGUCCUAGUCAAAUAUCUACAUCACCAUCAAAUAUGACAACACCAAUUGGUUUCACGUCUUCAAAUAUUAAUUCUUUAUCUAAUACUCCAAUGAUUAAUGCAUAUACUUCAUCUAAUUCUAAUUCAUCUUCAAUUCCAAUUAAUAAUCCAAUGUCUGCUAUACCAAAUUAUAUGACAUCAUCAUCAAAUAAUACUCCAAUUGGAUCAAGUACAACUCCAGUUGAAAGAAAUUCAUAUUAUUUUAGUCAAUUUCCUUUAUUUACUUGUGAUUGGACUACAAUAAAUAAUAAUUCAUUAAAUUGUAUUGCUUUAGGAUCAUAUAAAGAAGGUUUUACAAAUAAGUUAGAAAUUGUUCAUGGUACAAAUUAUGAUAAUGAAAAUCAAUAUUCACGAUAUCAACAACAACAACAUCAUCCACAUCUUAAUCCACAGAUACCAAACUCCUCUUCAUCUUCUUUACUUCCAGAUGGAUCUAGUCUACCGAACAAUACAAACAAUUAUUAUGAUGAUUAUGAUAAUUCAGAAUCAGAUGGAAUUUUAUUUCAAAAAGUUGCAGAAACUAAUUUAAAUUAUCCAAUAACUCAUUUAAAAUGGGAUCCAUCAAUGUUAAAAUAUAAUAAUUAUGAUUCUCAAAGAUUAGCUGCUUCAAGUGAAGUUUUAAGGCUUUAUAAUGUUAAAGAAUCAAAUGACUCCAAUUUUAAUUUGAUACAAACUCAUAUAUUAGCUAAUAAUACUGCUACAAAUACAUCAAAAUCAUCAACAUCAAAUUUACAUGAUAAUGAUAUUAAUACUUUACCUCCAGUAACUUCAUUUGAUUGGAAUACAACAGAUCCAAAUAUUUUAAUUACUUCAAGUGUUGAUACAACUUGUACAGUAUGGGAUUUAAAUCGAUCUCAUUCAUAUGAUGAAUUUACAGAUACUGCAGUUGUAAAAACUCAAUUAAUUGCUCAUGAUUCAGAAGUUUUUGAUGUUAAAUUUAUUCAUAAAUCAACAAAUGUAUUUGUAUCAGUUGGAAAUGAUGGAUCAAUGAGAGUUUUUGAUUUAAGAUCAUUAGAACAUUCAACAAUUAUAUAUGAACCACAACCAGAACCUCCAUCAACAUCAACAACAAAAAAGAAUAUACAAUCUCAAAGAAUUCAUUCAUCAAAUUUUAAUUCAAAAGCAUUAUUAAAAUUAUCAGCUUCAAAUAUUGAUCAACAUCAUUUAGCUACUAUAGGAGUAAAUUCAAAUCAAAUUAUAAUAAUAGACAUGAGAAUGCCAGGUAUACCAAUGGCAACAAUAGAUGGUUCAAUAAAUUCAAAUCCAAAUUUCUCAUCAUCAGCUUCAAUAAAUUCAAUAUCAUGGCAUCCAACAUCAAAUUAUUUAUUAUCUGGUGGUGAUGAUUGUCAAGCAUUAGUAUGGGAUAUAAAUAAUUUACAUAACAACCAUAACUCAAAUUAUACAAAUUCUUCAAGUUCUUCAAGUUUAUCAAAUGGAGGAAAUAAUGGAAAUAAUGGAAAUAAUAAUGGAAAUGAUUCAACAAGUAGUAGUAUUAAUGGAGGAUCAGGACUUAUAAUUGAUACUCCUGUAUUAGCUUAUGAAGAAGAUUUAGAAGUUAACAAUGUUUGUUGGAAACAAAAUUCUGGUGAUUAUAUGGGUGUUGUUAGUGGUAAAGGAUUUCAAGCGGUUAAGAUAUAA